CUCAGAACAUUGAUGAGCUGCACAGGAAGGCAGGCACCAAGCACCUCUUAGAAAUCCACGGUAGUUUAUUUAAAACUCGGUGCACCAGCUGUGGAAACGUAGCUGCGAAUUACAAGAGCCCGAUCUGCCCCGCAUUGGCUGGGAAGGGGGCUCCAGAUCCUGACACAGAAGAUGCUGCCAUUCCAGUUGAAGACCUUCCUCAGUGUGAGGAGGACGGCUGCAAUGGGCUCCUGCGGCCCCACGUGGUGUGGUUUGGCGAAGCCCUGGAUCCCAGUGUGCUCACGGCAGUGGAGAAGGAGCUGGAUAUUUGUGACCUCUGCUUGGUUGUCGGGACCUCGUCCGUGGUGUAUCCUGCGGCCAUGUUCGCCCCUCAGGUCUCGGCCAGAGGAGUCCCGGUCGCGGAGUUCAACAUGGAAACCACUCCUGCCACCAACAGGUUCAGGUUCCACUUCCCGGGCCCCUGCGGGACCACACUGCCGCCGGCGCUGGCGCGACACGAGACAGAGAUCAUCUCCUGAGCCCUGGGAUCACCCCCGGAGUGCCGGGAGCGGUCCGGGCCGGCGGGACGCAGCGCGGGGCGGGCGGGCCGGAGGCGGCGGCGGGACUCGUCCCUACGGCAAUAAAGGCGGGGCGGCCGGGCCAUCUCCGAUGUGCUGUGUCUGUGCGCGCAUCCCGCGGGGCGGGGCGGGGCUGGGCGGGCGUCCCGGCGCUCGGCAUUCCCCGGCGGAAGGCGGGAGUGGUUCCGGGGCGGGCGGCGCAGGGACCGCGGCCAUGGCGCGCCGGCAGAAGGCGAAGGCGGCGGCCGCGGGCAAGCGCAAGGCUCUCGCCGCGCUGCCCAGUCCGGCCUCCUCCUCGGAGGACGAGGCCCCGGAGGAGGUGUCCUUCGGCGUGGCGAGGGAGGCGGCCGAGGCCGAGCGGAAGCUCGUGGGAGAGGCGGCGCGGAGGCACCGGGAGCUGCUGAAGGAGAAGCGGCGGCGGCACCAGGAGCUGUUCGCGGAGCAGAAGAAGCGCAGGCUGCUGCCCGAGGCCGUGCUGCAAGAGCUGCAGGAACUGCAAGAGCUGCAGGAUGUGUCCGCACGGCCCGCUGAGCAGGCUGCAGCAGAUGACCCAGUUACUCUAGGUGAAGAACUUGAAGCUGAGGCUGUAGAGCUGGAGCAAGGCCAGGCCCAAAGGCAAGGCCAAGCUGAAGUGCAGGAGAAGAAAGGCAAGAGGAGCAAGGGUGCCAGGACAAAAGGGAACUACGUGGCUGUGUGCUUGAAAGACCACAGUGCAACAGGCCUCCACCAACAGCUGGCUAGAGACUUCUUAAAUGCUCAGCUCUAUGGGCCACACACCAACCGGGUACCGGCAAAUGAAUUUUUCUCCCUUGCAAACAAGAGAGGCCCUGUCAAAAAAGCUGCCAUUCACUUUGUGGACAAGUCUUGGGGGCAAGAUAAAAAGGAAAAAGCAGCAAGGUUUAAGAAACGCUGGCUGGCAACACAUAUUAAAAAUGGAGUUUGAAGACAGUUUUUUCAGAAGAUGCUGCUAAGGACUUUUAGUGACAGUUGAUCUCAACUCAACACAGGUGUUUUUCCUACUUCAUCAUCACUUUGCUUUCAGUUCCAGCCAGCAGAAGGCACUGAGUUGAGCCUGAUUGGAUUUCCCUCUCCCCUUUCAGAAGUUCUUGGGGAAGCUACAGAGCAGCCAGGCCAGUGUUUUAGAACAGCUGGUGCUAGGACCAGGCUUGCUGAGCUGCCUCCAUGAGGCAAUGCCUUUGCAGAGAAUAAAGAUGAGCAAUGUUGUA